GGUGUUGAACCAAAACGAGUCCGGCUUUUCUUUACUCCAAACCUUUAGUUCCGUGGUGUUUUGACUCAAUUCAAAACAAACUUUAAAACGAGAAUUUGUAGUUUCUACUAAUGUAUAAAAGUAUUUUGUUAUAUAAUUUACAUUUAUAUGAACAUUCUAAUAAGAUAAAGUUUGUAAUAGAUGUAGAACGUGUACUCGAGCUACCAGGCUAAGUUAGGCUAAUGCUAACAUAAACAACAGCACUGAAGCAGCAUCUGAAGAGGAGCAUUAUCUCUAAAAACAGGUCAAUAUGGAGGAGGUGGAGCCUAAUCCCGGUUCAGAGGAGCAAACAGAUCCACUCCAGAAUCAAAAUGAUCAGACUGAAGAUCUCACAGCCUCCAAUAAAGAUGGAAGGAAUACAAAUCUGCCAAAUAAAGAUGUGAAAAGAGGACGAAAACCAGCAACAAAAGACAAGCCUCCAGCAGCAGAUAAUCGGCUUUCAUCAAAAACUUACCUGCCCGACGCCUCGGCCGCGCAGACCUUCCGCACUCACCGUUGCCCCAGUUGUCACCGCUGCUUUAAGAUGAGCUCUCACCUCAAACAACAUUUACGACUGCACUCCCCGGACCCAGCGCUCCAGUGCCCCACCUGUAAACGCCAUUUCACCAGCAAAAGCAAACUGCGCAUUCACCAACUCAGAGAGGCCGGGUUAAAGUCCCACCGGUGCCACCUGUGCUCGUACUCGGCCGUGGAACGCAAUUCCCUUCGCCGCCAUCUCGUAUCGGUUCACGCAGACAGAGCAGAAGAUAGUCCAGAGUUGAAUUUCGCGUGUCCGGUUUGUAAAGAACGUUUUGGUCAGAGCAAGUUGCUAAAAAUUCACAUGAAGUCGCACAACGUAGUGAAAAACAGCGCACAGCAUUUUUGCAUCGAAGAAGGCUGCUCAUUUAAAAGCAGUUUAUUACAUUUGAUUCAACAUAUCACAGAAAAGCACGCGUUCGCUCCAAUCGAAUGCCAGCAUCACGCUUGUACGGCCAUUUUUAGGACCAAGACAUUGAUGGAGGAGCAUUUUAAGAGUCACCAAGCUUACCACUGCCCCGACUGCGACUUCGCCUGUUCAAAUAAACGUCUUUUUGCGCAGCACUGCAGACAGGGGCACGCGGGAGGAGAGCAGUUUUCUUGUGAAUUUUGUGACUUUAAAACUUUUAAUUCAGUGGAGUUCGAGAGACACGUCGGGCAUUUUCACGCCGCGGAGAAGAUCCACAAAUGCUCCGAGUGCGAGUUCAGCACGGCGCAUAAGCGAGGACUGAAGAGGCAUAUGCUAAUCCACACGGGCGAGAAGGGUCACAAAUGCAGCGUGUGCGAGUUCCGGUGCAGGGACCGGUCGUACCUGUCCAGACACAUGCUCCGUCACGGCCACAGUAAGAACCACAUGUGCUCCGAGUGCGGGUACGUCACCAAGUGGAAGCACUACCUCACGGUGCACAUGAGGAAGCACAACGGAGACCUCAGAUACGGAUGUGACCAGUGCAGUUAUCGCAGUCACCGAAUGGACCAACUCAACAGCCACAAACUCCGGCACCAACAGAAAUCUCUGAUCUGUGAAAUCUGCGCUUAUUCCUGCAAACGCAAAUAUGAACUGAGUCAACACAUGAUUUCAAAACACGCCAAAAACGACCAACCCGCUGCCGUUUACAAAUGCAAGUUCUGCUCUUACGCCUCCUCCUACCGUCAAGCCCUCAAAAACCACGAGAACUGCAAACACACCAAGUCCAAGCAGUUCCAGUGUGCGCUAUGUGGCUACACGUCGUUUAGCGGCACUAGCUUGUUUCUGCAUAAACGGAAAACCCACGGAUACGUACCGGGCGACAAGGCGUGGCUGCAAAAUUACGCUUUGAAAGAAAAAGAGAAAAAUAUGACAGGAAAUUUUGAUGUUUUUUACAAUAAUACGACAUCUAAGCGACACAUUAGCGCUGUAGAUGCUAGCGAAACAAAUGCUAAAAUUGAUGUGGCUAGCGAUUUGAAUGUUAUAUCGCAAGAAGUAGCGCAUAAUGAUAAUUUUGAGAGCCCGGGUGAAGAAUAUUGCACGCUUGUUUUAACUACGCUGCCAAGCACUGACGAGCAAACUUCCACUCUGCGAGAAAGUAGUCAGAAUUCAACGGAUGCAGCGGAAAAUGAUAACAAAAAUGCACGCUUAGCAACUAGUUUUAGCUCAGAAGAGGAGGAAGGAGACGCUAGUUUAGAUGGUGAACAAAAUUAUUUAGUCAAACCAAACCAAAUUGAGGAGUUUGAAGAAAUUGAAAAAAGUCAUUGCUCGAAAUUACAAAAUGAAAAUACAGUAAAAGAUUUGAAAGAAUUAGAAAAGAUUCAAGCUAACGCCCUGGUUUUGGAUGGCCACGUGGAACUAUUAAUGUUACCAACGCAAAAAUCUAGCAAAAUUAACUUACUGCGGAAUAGACAAAAGCUAAACUGUCACGAUUGUGGUGCAGAAUUCAAACUAAGACGAAAUUUGGACAAUCACUGCAAAAAUAAAUGUAUCUCAAACCGAAACCGUGAAAGAAAAAUGGCUGCCAGUGAUGCUAGUUUACAAAUUAGCAAACUGAUUGACGGAGAAGUAGGCGAAGUUCCUAGCAACACUGAAACCAAAAAUUUAGGUUGUAAUUUCAAUUUGCAAACUGGGAACGAACCGCAAUCUAAUAUUUAUGCUAAUUCUGAUGGAUUUAGUAAAACAAUUCAAAAUGGAGCCAGCCUGUGUUCACAAGCUAAAACUACAAAUAUUCUAACAGUUGAUAACGACUGUCUUUAUGCUAAAGUUAACGGUAAAUUUGAAUGUAAAGAAUGUGGUUUUUCAGCUAUAAGGCUUGCAACGAUUGAACGACACAUCGCAAAUUGUGUAACAAAGCCGAGCAUGCAAAAGUCUCUCAAAAUAGUGGGAAAAAAUCGGCUUGAAGAUCUCGAGGAAAUUAGCGAGAAUACUGCUAGCAUAAAAAGUUUUAAUUGUAGCGUUUGUGAAUUUGUGGCAAAAUCUAUGCAAUCCUUAAAUCGGCAUAUAGUUCUUGUUCAUAAAAAAGUAGCUUGCAAUCUGAAACGACGCUUUUUACAACACGUAGCAGUCAAACACGACGCCAAAAGUCCGUUUCAGUGCCGAUUUUGUACAUUUACCACGAAACGAAAAUACAGAUUGGAAGAACAUGAAUCUAUACAUACCCGUGUCGGCCGUCGUACCUGUGAAAUUUGCGGUAAAACGUUUGGAUCUUUGAGCAAAUUACAAAAACACAAAUCGCGACUUCACGAUAAAAAUCCGACCCAUUUUUGCACGAUUUGCGAUUUUUCUAGUUUUUCCCGAGACGAUAUUAAACGUCACGAUACACGAUGCCACUCGGGAGAUAUGAAAUUCACGUGCCAAAAGUGCGACGCAAAGUUUAGCUCGCAAAUCUCGCUUAGCAAACAUUGCAAACGCGUCCAUACGGGGAGUUUUACGUGCAAGCAGUGCGAAUAUACAUGCGGUAGCGUCGUUGAAAUGAAAACGCACCACGUUAGCGCGCAUAAGUUAGUGAAAGAGACCGUUUUGAAGGAGAUAACAACAGCUAAGCACUCAAAAGCUAACCAUACGUGCCCACUGUGUCAAUUCACCGCCCAAACUAAGAAAACACUUGUUCAACAUCUGUCAGAAGAACAUGAAAACACACCGGACGACGCAAAGUUGCUUAAGUGCGGUCAGUGCGAGUUUACGUGUAAGUUCCAGGUGGUUUUGGAGCAUCAUUUGAGGCGUCACGGAGGGAAGCGGCUGUACAGAUGCACUCACUGUGAAUACUCGAGCAGAAAUAAACAGAAAAUCACAUGGCACAUCAGGACGCACACGGGAGACCGGCCGUACAGAUGUGAAGUGUGCGGCUACACGUGCACUGAACCGUCCAGGCUCAAGCAGCACAUGCGAGUGCAUCAGGAGGAGAGGAAGUACCUGUGUCCAGAGUGUGGAUACAAGUGUAAAUGGGCCACGCAGCUCAAGUGUCACAUGACCAAGCACACGGGAGAGAAGCGUUUUGCCUGUGCGGACUGUGACUAUCGCUCGAACCGCGCCGACGCCCUCCGCUCCCACCGCCACACCCAGCACAACUCCGACCGGCCGUUCAUCUGCGAAAAGUGCGGCAAAUCCUUCAAAACCAACUUCAUUCUCAAGUCUCACCAGCAGCAGCACAGCGACGCUCGGCCCUUCACGUGCGGCCUCUGCCAGAAAAGCUUCAAAUGGCCCGCCGGGUUACGACAUCACUUCCUGUCCCACACCAAGCAGACGCCGUUCUGCUGCCGGGUUUGUUCGUACAGGGCCAAGCAGAGGUUCCAAGUGGUGCGGCAUUUGAAGAAACACCACCCGGGAGUCACAGUGGAGGAGGGGGUGGAGCGGGAUGGAGAGAUAGGAGGUCUGACCAUAAAAGAGGCACUAGAGGGCGCCGCAGAGCAAAAGUGAUGCACCUGGACAUGUGAC